AUAUUUUUGACAUUCAAGGAUGAGAGAACAGUAUGUAACUAUACAACACCCAGAAAGAGAGUAAUGGAAAGCGUUGUGAAAUUUGAGGACCCCUCUUUUUCCGGUUCCAUGGGCGAAUUCUGAAACCCUAAUUCCGAUUGAAACGAAAUCCUUAAGCCCCAAAUUCGUUGACUCCUUGUAUGCGAUACCGAUGGCUUCGUCGUCGAGUAGCGGAUUGACGUUCAAGCUGCACCCUCUGGUAAUCGUGAACAUCUCGGACCAUUACACGAGGGUGAAGUCUCAGAUGAACCCAACUCUCGCACCGCACAACACCGCCCCCAAUGGCGGCGACGGCGUCGUUUCUUCCCUUCCUCCGAGGGUUUAUGGCUGUGUCAUAGGGGUGCAGAAGGGUCGCACCGUCGAGAUCUUCAACAGCUUCGAACUCCUCUAUGAUCCUUCUACCCAUUCCCUCGAUCGUUCCUUCCUCGAGAAGAAGCAAGAGCUCUAUAAGAAGGUUUUCCCACAUUUCUACAUACUGGGAUGGUAUUCAACUGGAAGUGAUGCGCAGGAAUCAGAUAUGCAUAUUCACAAAGCUUUGAUGGAUAUCAACGAAAGUCCAGUUUAUGUUCUUCUCAAUCCUUCUAUCAAUCAUUCUCAAAAGGAUCUCCCAGUCAGUAUUUAUGAAAGUGAACUGCAUGUCAUAGAUGGAAUUCCACAGCUUAUCUUUGUUCGCUCUAGCUAUACUAUUGAGACUGUUGAAGCAGAACGGAUAUCAGUUGAUCAUGUUGCUCAUCUUAAGCCAUCUGAUGGUGGUUCAGCUGCUACACAAUUGGCUGCUCACCUUACUGGUAUACACAGUGCCAUCAAAAUGCUUCAUAGCAGAAUAAAAGUGCUUCAUCACUAUCUUCUUGCAAUGCAAAAAGGUGAUGUUCCUUGUGAAAAUUCACUAUUAAGACAAGUAUCAAGUCUCCUGAGAAGACUGCCUGCUAUUGAAUCUGGGAAAUUUCAAGAUGAUUUCUUAAUGGAGUACAAUGACACCUUAUUGAUUAGUUACCUUGCCAUGCUGACCAACUGCUCAAGGUAUGACUUGUUAUUUUUGUCUUUGUCCAUUUUUAUUUUUAGGUUAUGUAGUUUUAGUUCACAUUUAUUUUCUUUUAUAGCCAAAAAACUCGAAGUGUUAUUUUAACUACCUAGAAAAUCUGUGUGGUGGGACUGUUUUGAUAGUUAUAUCUAAUGAAGCAAAUUGUUAGAAAUAACAUUACUAGGUUGCAGUAAGUUUUCUCUUCCUUUUUUUUUUCUGCUUGUCUUUCCUUAUACCUGCACAAUUCACAAGGACAAUCAAAGCUGCUUCUGUUUGAGGUGGUUGCUAGGGGAGGAAGUUUGAGUCAUUUGAGUAGGGUCUUCAGUUGUAUAUAAAGGGAGUAUGUCAUUAUGCUCAAUGUUGUGUUGUACAUUUGUGAAGGCCAAUCAACUGUAAAUCCUCGCUCCUAGUCUUUCUCAUGUCCUUUUUGAUCCCUGUCUUUACGAUCUUAGGUACUUUCUUCACUUUUUUCUAUGUAAAAGUCAUUGCAGCCUUCUCCUUAAUGAUCUUAAUUACUUCACUUUUUCCAUAUAGAAAAAAUUGUUGACUGGCUGAAUGUCUCCAGAUAGUCAUAUUAUCCCCAUAUGUCUCCCAAGAUGAGUAAAUAUAUCCUUUUAGAAUUUAGAUGCUCUCAUGUUGAGUAACAUGAUGUAGUCAUAUUAGAGAGAGAGGCGGUUUUCAUUAACUUUAAUUAGUGAGAUUUACAACCAAUCAAAGUGGGUUUCUGAUGAAAAUUGUCUCUCUCUCCAACAUGACUAUAUCAUGUUACUUAUCAACAUAAGAAGGAUCCAAAUUCAUAUUUUGAAGACAAGAAAUGUGAACGCUUUCAGUUCAUAAUUAUAACCUUGAAUCCAUGUGUUAAUAAUAAAUGUUUUUUUCUUUUGUCUGUGUAGUGCAAUGAAUGAACUGGUGGACAAAUUUAAUACCGCGUAUGAUAGGCAUAGCAGAAGGGGUGGACGAACCGCUUUUAUGUAAAAGCUGCUUGAUUGCUCAUUUCUGGCGAACAUCCUUGAAGCACUUUUCCAACAUUGUAGGCGUAGAUUUUUUGUUUCCGCUUUGAUGGUUAGGCACAGGUUAUUAAAACUUAGUAUUGCUUGGAUUUGAAGAGGUUAGGGAGAGAAAAGAAAAGGGUAGUCACCAUAUUACCAUGUCCCCUCCAACGAAAAGAAUUAUAGAAGUAUUUGUUUUUGCAUUUCUGUAACAAGUUUGCAAAGUAGAGGGGACAAAAGAGUUCAAGACAUGAUAUGAAUUUUCACUGUGAUUCUUUGUUGAGUCACCAUCCUGCCUCAUUUUCGUGCUCUAUGUCCAAAUUCUUUUGCAUGUCUUGGCAGAAACAGGAUAUUUACUCGGUUAAGUGGAACAUACGGUGGAAUAGCUAAUGUUACAGCAUGGAGUCAAUUUGUAGUUAUUUUGGUAAACUGCUGAUAGUCAUUUUGCUUUGGUCAUUAAAUGGAAAGUGCUUGUC